AUGAGCGAGAGCCCCAAAUCGCGACCACCGCCUCGCGCCAUGACCUGGACGGCGAAGAGGCCCCAGAACAGCCCGCUGGAGAGAGUGUACCAAUGGCUCUUCGACAACCAGGCUAGCCUCUCGUUUCAAGCCAUCGCCCCCUUUCUCCUCGCCCAUGUCUGCGUUCCCGCGAUGCGGCCCUUCACGGACCCGUUAUUCGGGCUCUCGUACCACAAUCCGCAGACGGGCAGAUAUAGCGCUGGCUUUCGCGACUUGUGCUUUGUGGCCUUUUGCAUCGCGCUCUGUAUCGGCGUCCGCGCCUUCUUGAUGCGACGGGUCCUCGUGCCCCUAGGCCGUGCCUGUGGUGUGACCAAGCAGAAGGACCUCACCCGUUUCUCAGAGCAGGGUUGGAUGCUGGCCUACUACAGCGCUACCUGGCCUCUGGGCAUGUCGCCCUACUUUCUUAACCUCGAAGAGCUGUGGACCGGUUGGCCUCAGAAGGAGCUUGACGGGCCUAUGAAGGUGUACGUCUUGGUCCAAUGGGCCUACUGGAUACAACAAGUCAUUGUAGUGAAUAUCGAGGCGCGCCGGAAGGACUACAAGGAAAUGAUCAUCCACCACGCUAUCACGACAUCCCUGAUCGCCUCGGCCUACGCCUACUACCAGACUCGCGCCGGCCAUCUGAUCCUGGUGCUGAUGGACGCUGUCGAGCUCAUCUUCCCGCUGGCCAAAUGCCUCAAAUACAUCGGCUUCACGACCGUGUGCGACGUCGUCUUCGGCGUCUUCGUGGUUGUGUGGGUAAUGACCCGCCACGUCUUCUAUCUCAUGAUCUGCUGGAGCGUGUACCGCGACCUGCCGCGUAUUGUCGCGGUACCCUGCUACAGGGGCACGGCCGGGGAUCUACAAGGUCCCUUUCCGGCCCCCAAAGAGGGCUGGUCCCACCUGCUGGAGCCGUUUUACGACCCCACCGGCAUGGUGUGCUUCACCAACGGCAUCCGGACAGCGUUCCUGGUUUUCCUGCUCGCUCUUGAGCUUGUCAUCUGCGUGUGGACCUUCUUCAUUCUCCGCGUGUCGGUGCGCGUACUAAAGGGCGGCAAUGCCGAGGACGUCCGCAGCGACGACGAGGCCGAGGCCAAGGCCGAAACCGAAGAGCAGAGCGAGUACGAGGAGAUCGAGCCGCUUGAGCAGGAGGUUGGCGUUGAAGCCAUUGACCUCACGGCAGCCCGGCGCCGCAACGCGCUGCACAAGUCUGGCCUGCGCUUAAGCAGCCCCAGCGGCCGGAAGGAAAUUCUGAACCGCAUCGGGUGCGAGAAGCAGAUCGACUGA